GAGGAGCUCAUGAUGUACGGCCACGGCAUCGAGGGCCUUGGCUUCUUCCACAUCGAGGUGGAGGACAUCCCGCCCCCUCCCUGUCACUUCGGGCGAUCCUCACCAUCGUGGGGGUGGGUGUCGCGUCCCCGGAGAUGAUUGAAGCCGAGCUCAACCAUCUUUGUCAGUGCGUGUGGGAUUGGCAGGUGACUCCGACCUCCGACAACUCAUUCACAAUGAUCUUUCCGGAUGCUAUCAGCUUGGGCUACUGCACCCACAGCGGAGACAUCACCUUGACCCUCAACAAACUGGUGGUCGACAUCUCUGAGCCGAAGUUCGAUCCCAAGGCGGUGGCAGUCCUGGACAUGGCUUGGAUCCUCAUUGCGGGGCUCCCCGACGUCGCGCGAUCCGAGCGGGUGAUUCGCAAUAUGUCCAAGAUCCUCGGCAAGGUGGUGGUGGUGGUCGAUGAGAUCUCUCUACGGAAGGAGGAGGAGGUCCAGGUCAAGGUCAAAUGCCUGGACUCCUCCAAGCUUCGCGCCACCGUCCGUGUCUUCUUCAACGUCCAGGGAUUCGACCUCAAGAUCGGCCCGAGCCCCCAACCACGUCGGCCACCCCCACUACUCUGAUGAUGGCCACUUUGGUGGGGGUGGUUCGAGCAAGGGUGACAACUCUCACUACCGUCGCCCUCGCCCCUCGCGCCAUGGCGACCCGGACGACGACGUUGAGCGCUCUGUGCAGAGCCGCUCCCCCUCUUGUGAGCCCUCCGACCCUCCUCCGGGCCACGGGGGCUCGGGUGCCGGGCAGUCCCGUGUGUCGGCUCUCACGGUAGGGACGGUCUCCGCUCUCCUACGGGCCGCCUCUCCUAAGUCUUCGGCGGAGGGGAGCGACAUCUCUAGUCACUACUAGGGAAAAGCCUAGCAGUAGCGCAGGUUUUUGGUGUAUCAGUAGCACGGGUGCACGCGCUACUGAUACGACGCUACAGCUAAAGUUAGCAGUAGCGCGAGUGGACACACGCUACUGCUAUACCUACUUAGCAGUAGCGCUUUCCACGCCGGCGCUACUGCUAAGUGCUUUAGCAGUAGCGUUUUCCCAUCCAGCACUAAAAAGCGGUACUACUAUAUUUUCUCAUUUUUUGCUACAUAUUUGUGAUAUUUUUGUACAGGUUUUAUACAGUAUUCUAAUCAUACCAUAAACAUGCAAUAUGC